AUGCGUGAACUAAUUAAACGCGCCACAUUGGUGGCGUGUCUGGUAGGCCUGGUGCAGUGCCAAUUCCGAGACGACUGUUCGGACGCUCCCAAUGAGGCAACACGACAAAUGUGUUUAAGAAUGCGACAAAUGGAUGCAAAUGCCAGAAACAUUGCUCAGAACUCGGUAGAAGAAGAGGCUUUGCCUCCAGGAUCUCCAGUUUGGCAACAACCAAUUCCAGUGCCAUUUAAUGCUAGAGGACAAAUAGCCACGCAUCCAUAUGAAUGUAUGACACUUCAGUGUUUGUGUCCAUUCUUCAGGGUAAGUAUUCAUUUUUCAGACUUGAAGCUUAUGAGUUGAAAAAUGACAUAUUUCGACUUUGUGCCAUUCUUUGAGUACUAUAAUUUUACGAUUUAAAUCUAUUUUACCGUGCAAAAAUUUUAAAAAAAAAUUUCAGGGUCAAAUGGUGAACGGAAACUGUAUCCUCCAAAGCGGUCAACCCCUUGCCAUGGGCUACAGAAAAGAGUACCGUAUGAUGAACGACGAUGAACGCAGAAGAUGGCACUACGCCCUUACCGUGCUAAAACAAAACGGCGAGUACGAUAGAAUCAGCAGAGAACACAUGGUAGUUGGAGCCGGCUCCGGAGCCCAUUCUGGCCCAGGCUUCCUGCCAUGGCAUCGUGAAUACUUGAAGAGAUUUGAAAUCGCUCUGAGAUUAAUCGACCCAUCAGUUUCGGUACCAUACUGGGACUCUGUCAUGGACAACUACCUACCCGACCCAAGAGAUUCGAUCCUCUUCACACCUGACUUCAUCGGACAAACUGAUGGCAACGGCUUCGUCGUUAAUGGACCGUUCGCUUAUUGGAGAACGUUGGAAGGACGCAAUGCCAUCUGGCGGUGGGUUUUUUGCCAAAUAUUUAAACUUUGGCUUUUUUAAUCCAAAAUUUUGAAUUGUGAUAAAUGAAAACACAUAAUGAUUUUUAACGUUGCUUAAAACUUUAACAAGACUGAUAAUUUCAAAAAUAUUAUAAAAAUCGUAUCCUAGACAGACAUAUUUGAAUAUUACAUGACUUUUUCAAAAUUUCGAAGUUGAAAGUCAAGAUGAAUGUUUUUUCUUUGCAGACAGCUUGGAAUGGAAGGAGGAUUGUUCACAGAAGCGCAAUUAAACUCGAUUAUGCAACAAACAAACUUGGAAUACGUUAUGGCUUACACUGUUCCUUUGCCAGGUAAAGCAUAACCCAUAUCCUUAUAAGACCAACACAAUCUUAAAGUAGACACACUUUCUUAAAACAUUACUAAAGCGUACAAAAAAAAUGCUCAAAAACAGUUUCAAAACAGCACAUCAGAAAAAUAAAAAUUGAAAUUCAGGCUGCCCCUACCCUCCAAACUACCAAGCUGUUGAAUAUACACACAGUAAUAUUCACUUAUGGCUUGGUGGUGACAUGAAACCCCCAACCACUAGUGCCAACGACCCUAUCUUCUUCAUGCAUCACUCUUUUGUCGACUUCUUGUGGGAACAAUGGAGACAACUCAGACAACCAAGAUGGCUUCGAGAAACGGUAACGUAUACCCUAGCUUUUACUGAUGAAAGGUUACAUAUAGGAUUAAAAAAGAUUGCUACAAAAUUUUAUUAAUUUAAGCUACCUAGGCUUAUAAUUCGUAACUUACUUUACAAAUGCAUAAGCGAAUCUUUUUUAGCAAUACACCCCAGACAUUGCCCAAUGUGCCAACCCCCUUCACUUCAGUUACGCCGCCAUGAGACCAUUCAACAACUUGUUGAACAGGGACGGCCUCUCCAACUCCUACACCGAUCAGAUGUACAGAUACGCUCCUCGUGCCGGUUGCAGUCUUCAGAUUCCAACUUGUGGAAGCAAAUACUUGUUCUGCGACACCCGAGGAUUCCCACAUUGUGUCGCUAAGGUUAGACUAGGCGGUUUGUGCAUGGGAUACGAAGGAUUCGACGCUUGCUACAACGGCCAAUGCAUCUUCGGACGAUGUGUCCCUGGCCCUACUCCAGCAGUAAGUUAUCAAAAAUUGCAUCAAAAGUAUCAAAAAUUACCGUUUUUCGGCGAAAAGUUUUCAAAAUUUGAAAAAUAACUUGAUAAAGCCAUGCCAAAUAGCAAAAAUUUGAAUUUUAGCCAUUCCGAAUCCCCCGUCCAACUACUCCAGCUCCGCCAACUGCUGCCGCUACACGCCCUGUUGCUGUACGUGCUCGUCAAGCUGCCUCUCGACCUUUUGUCGAUUGCUUCAAUCGUGACCCAUGCUGUGAAAGCUGGGCCAAACAAGGAGAGUGCGACAACAACAAGAAGUACAUGAGCAGAUUCUGCAAAGCUGCUUGUGGAGUGUGUAACCCUGCUUUCAACAGCACUAAUGGUAAGACUUUUUGACAUUGUUUGGUCAAAAAAUUAUCAUUUUUAAUUGCAUUUAUUAUUUUAAUAGACUGGCUUUUCUUGCCUCAUAGAUUAUCAAAAGAUAGAUGACAUGUUUUAAACAUAUAUAAUGUAAUUCUUUAGAAUGUGCUGACCGUCACGUGUCUUGUCAACAAUGGACCGGCCAAGGACAAUGUUCAAGCGGAAACUCUCAAAAGUUCAUGCAAGAGAACUGUCGCCAAUCUUGUCAAUUCUGUAGCGCUAAAAAGGCAGCGCAGUGUCCAAAGCCUAGCGUAAGUUCAAUAACAUAAAAUUAUCUUACACACCUCAACACACAUUAGUCAUUUUGAUAAUUUUUCAUCAAACCACACAACAGUUAAUUUUAUCCCACAUAUAUCUUCAAACACAAAAUCAUAUUUUUGACCUUUUACCCUGCCCAUUUCAGAGCGCCAUGCGCAAAGAAACCAAGCCAGAAGGUCCAAUUCGUCGCGCCUUCAGAAAACUUCGUUCUCUUGUUGGAGUAUCCUAA